AACGAGGGAGCGCUGAGCGAUCGGAAGGGAGAAGCCGAAGAGGCAGGGCACAGCGAAGGCUACGGCGAUCGCAGCGCAGGCAGAGGCAGUUGCCCUGCCCUGCGCCGCACAUGCCAUGGGGAUGCUUGCCCCAUCUGGUACCCUGACCCCGGCGGCAGCCUUGCUGAUCGCCCUGCUUGUCCCCUUUUGAUCCCAGUAAAACGUUACCACCAUCCCCCGCUUAGCUUAACACACUGUUCAUGCCGCUCGUCUUCAGUCUUUCACUUUUUUUACCGCGCCGUGAACGCCACCGCCGCCGUACACGUGCUGUGCGCGAGCUACUUAAACGAGCCACCAGCAGCAGAGCAGGCGGCACAGCGGCAGCGGCAGCUCAGCUUGUUGAGCGGAUGCGCAGGAUCUGCUCGACAGCGCGCGCGGGUAAUCAGAGCCACGGCACGGGCAUUCAAUUCGCUCGGGCCACCACCGUGCGUCCUGCGGCCUCCCAUAUCAUCCCAGCUCGGAGCUGCGUCUCGGGGAUCCUUUCGCGCGCGCGCAGCUCGGCGGUGGCGUCGUGAGAUGAGCCGCGCGGCGCAGACGGGCGCGGGCGCGGGCGGGGGCGGCGCGGCGAGGCUCAAGGCGUCGCCGCGGGCGCUAUUCUCGUGCGGGAUCUUCAGCACCUGCACGCACCCGGCGCUCAGCCCGACGGCGACGCCGAACAACAAUGUGGUACCGGGGAGCGGCGGCAUCAAGGGCGGCGGCUCGGCCACGCCCUGCGCCGAGGCGUCCGCGUCGCCUGUGGUGGAGGCGGCGGCGUCGACGCCGCCGCCGCCUCAGCGGCAGCACCAGCGGGCGCAGAGGAACGUCGGCCCGUCGUCGUCGUCCUCCUCGUCCUCGUCGUCGGCUUCUCAGAGCUUCACGCAGUGGAGGCUGCCGGUGCACCACCCGCCACAGGCGUCAUCGUCCGCCUCGGCGUCGGCGAGCGGGGCGGGCGCCGCGGACGCGCUGGUGAGCGCGGAGGAGAAGUUCGCGGCCGGGGAGGUGGUGGCGGCGCUGCGGGCCGUCGAGAGGGAGAUGGAGGCGGCGGCGAGGCCGGUGCCGUCGGGGGUGGUGGCCGGGGUGGUCGCCGCGGUGAGGGAGCCGGCGACGGCGAGGCUGGCCGCGAAGGUGCUCCUCGUCGUGCUGCUGGAGGAGGGGAACAGGGAGACCGCAGUGGAGGCCGGCGCGGCGUCGGCGGCCGUGGAGGCUGUGGCGGCCUCCGGGCCGGCGGGCGCCACGGCGGAGCGCGCGCUGGCCGCGCUGGAGCUCCUGUGCACGGCCCCCGGCGGCGCCGCGACGGUGCGGAGGGAGGCACUCGCGGCGCCGGUCCUGGCGCGGGCGGUGGAGGGGAUGACAGGCCGCGGGCGGGAGUGCGCCAUCGGCGUCCUGGCCGCCAUCUACGGGGGCGGUGGAGUAGGCGGCGGCGGCGGCGAGGAGGACGGGGCGGAGUCGCUGCCGCCUCCGGAGGUGGUGAAGGCGGUGUUGGCGGCGAUGCAGGGCGAGUGCAGCACGCGCGGACGGCGCAAGGGCGCGCAGCUGCUGCGCGCGCUGCAGGAGGCCGGCCGCCUCGGCCUCGCUUGGGACGGCGUCGGCGAUCACUGACACGCGGGCCCCGCCUGCCAGCCACGUCCUCUCCGGUUACACGCGGGGCCCCACGUCGCAGUGACUGGUUCCGAGGCCAUGCAAUGGAUUUGGUAGCUGCUGCGGGGCCGAGGCUACUGAAGCGUGGGCCCGGGGCGAGGACGGGCAGGAGCAGUGACUUGGCUUUGGUUGAUGACGCUGGAGGAAACGGUCUGUGGGGUGAUUGAUCUGUGGUCACCUUUUGUAGCCCCCCCUCCCCCUGUGAUUUGUACCCGCAUCUCUCUCGUGAAAAUUUAUCGCUCCCAUGACGCGCGCUGGCCCACGCUGCUGAAUUCCAGUACCCCGUUUACUUUCCCUCGCAUGAAAAUCUAGCUGCCUGUUGAAUUUAACUUGAGAAACGA